GCCGCGGCCGGGAAGUGGGAGCUAGAACAGAGGAGGCGGAGACUGCCGCGGCUCCAGCCGGGCCGGGCUCGGAGGCGAGGGGCUGCAUGGCGCGGCCAGCGUGGCUGGGCGAGCUGUUGGUGCUGCUGCUUUUUGCCGCCUCCCUGGACCAAGUUGCCCUGGCCACAGAAGUUCAGCCACCUGUAACGAAUUUGAGUGUCUCUGUCGAAAAUCUCUGCACAAUAGUGUGGACAUGGAGUCCUCCUGAGGGAGCCAGUCCAAAUUGCAGUCUCAGAUAUUUUAGUCAUUUUGAUGACCAACAGGAUAAGAAAAUUGCUCCUGAAACUCGUCGUAAAAAGGAAUUACCCCUAAAUGAGAAAAUCUGUCUGCAAGUGGGGUCCCAGUGUAGCACCAAUGAAAGUGAGAAGCCUAGCCCUUUGGUGAAAAAGUGCAUCUCACCCCCCGAAGGGGAUCCUGAGUCUGCUGUGACCGAACUGCAGUGCAUUUGGCACAACCUGAGCUAUAUGAAGUGUUCCUGGCUCCCUGGAAAGAAUACAAGCCCGGACACCAACUAUACUCUUUACUAUUGGUACAGCAGCCUGGGGAAAAGUCUUCAAUGUGAAAACAUCCACAGAGAAGGUCAACACAUUGGUUGUUCCUUUAAAUUGACUAAAGUGGAAUCUAAUUAUGAACAUCAUAACAUUCAGAUAAUGGUCAAGGAUAAUGCUGGGAAAAUUAGGCCAUCCUACAAAAUAGUGUCCUUCACUUCCAAUGUGAAACCCGGUCCUCCACAUAUUAAACAUCUUUUCCUCAAAAAUGGUGCCUUAUUCGUGCAGUGGAAGAACCCACAGAAUUUCAGUAGCAGAUGUUUGUCUUAUGAAGUAGAAGUCAAUAGCACUCAAACUGACAGCUAUAAUUCUAACUCUUUAGAGGUUGAAGAGGACAAAUGCCAGAAUUCUGAAUUUGAUAGAAACAUGGAGGGUGCAAGUUGUUUCAUAUCUCCCGGUGUUCUUGCCAACACUGUCUACACAGUCAGAGUAAGAGUCAAAACAAACAAGUUAUGCUUUGAUGACAACGACCUGUGGAGUAAUUGGAGCGAAGCGCUGAGUAUAGGUAAGGAGCCGAAUUCCACCUUCUACACCACCAUGUUACUCAUCAUUCCAGUCUUUGUCGCAGUGGUAAUCAUAAUUCUCCUUUUUUACCUGAAAAGGCUUAAGAUCAUUAUAUUUCCUCCAAUUCCUGAUCCUGGCAAGAUUUUUAAAGAAAUGUUUGGAGACCAGAAUGAUGAUACCCUGCACUGGAAAAAGUAUGACAUCUAUGAGAAACAAUCGAAAGAAGAAACCGACUCUGUAGUGCUGAUAGAAAACCUGAAGAAAGCGGCUCCAUGAUGGGGACUCGAGAUUUCUUUUUUGCCUUUAAUGUGACCCUGUGAAGAUUUAUUGCAUUCUCCAUUUGUUAUCUGGGGACUCGUUAAAUAGAAACUGAAACUACUCUUGAAAAACAGGCAGCUCCUAAGAGCCUCAGGUCUUGAUGUGACUCUUGCACCAAAAAUCCAAACUAAAGGAGCUCUUCAAGAAAAGCAGAGUUCUUCUCAUUCUUGCUCAAUCCUAAAAGCAGAUGUCCUUUGCAAAAUCUCCAAACUAGAGGACAAAGAAAAGGGAGCAAUGACCAUGAAUUCAUCUUAUCAGGAAUUGUGACGGCUUCCUAAGGAAUCUCUGCUUGCUCUGUAUUCUUUGUGUGGAAUAAGAUCAAGAAAUGUUUCUUGAGAGGAAUUUCAUUUGGGGUGUGUACACUAAUGUUGUACUUACCACAGAACAUCUAGCAAACAAAACUGAUAGAAUCUGCUGCCUAUUGUUCAGGAACCCACUGAGUAAUAUUUGUAGCUUUUAAACUACAAUAUCAUUAUCUACUUCAAUAGCAUUUUCCUCUGAUUGGAAAUUCCCAGAAAUCAUCUUGGACCAUGGUAAUGACACGUAGAGAAAAGGCAUAGGCAACUUUUCCACCAAGGCUGAUUUAUGUCAUUGCUUGUCUUUUAGGACAGUGGAGGCAGAAUGAGGUAGUCUCUAAUGAUGGAUGCUUACCUUUCAUUUCUGCUACUCAAGUCAAGUAUAGACUAUGUAUCUAGCUUGUGCCAAACCUUUAAGUAUGAGGAGGGAUGGGACCUCCCACCCAUGGGUUUACAUAUAUUUGGGGCUCCUUAUUUUUCAUCACCUUCUUUAUCCCCCAGAUAGGCAUUUCCGGACUUUUGAACUUCCCAUCUUCUGUUUAUGCCCCCAUUGUGCCUACUCCCCCAUCCUCUUUCUUGUAACCUUUUCACUCAGUGGAAUUGAGGAGACAAUUUUGCUUAGACUACCUAGUGGAGCAGGAAAUACUCUGCAUCUCAGGUAAAAAAAAUGAGUAGACUGAACAACAAUAUGUAAUUCAUGCAUAUUUUACAACUUCCCUGUGAGCCUGCAAUUUGAGAUUUUCAAGCAAUUGGUGUUUCUGUGUGUUUUCUAAAUAGAGAUGACGUCUUUUUUUUCCACUUAGAAUUUAGCCCUAUUUGCUUGAGAGGGGGAAAAAAUAAGAUUCAUAUCUGUUUCUCUUUGUUUGCAAAAUAAGCCGUACAAUGGCUGUUUUCUAUGCUGUAAGUGGUCCUGUCAAUUCUGUAUUUUACUGAGAGGGAGGCAAGUGGAGCUCCAACUAUGUGCUUGCUUUUUGCAUAUAUUAGGUUUCCAAUUCUAUUCCCACAAUAUAUGUUCAUGUACAUCCCCCCAUUCUGACCAUUUCCUGAAAAUUUAAAACAGUGAGAGUUACACCCCCUUCUCUUUCUCCUACAGAUCACUAGCCAGGACUGAAGCAUUUGAUAUCAAAAUUUUCCAGGCAUGUAUCAGUUCCUGUUAAUAAAACGAUACCAGUUGCAUCUCUUGUUCUUAAGCAGGGCAGAUAAGAGACCCCUGCUCUCCACAGGUUGGGACCACGGGGAACCUUGCUUGCCUGGUAGUGGAGGAGCAUUGUGCCUGGAAUUUCAGGAAAUAGGGGAACAUGGCACAAUUGAUGCCAUUUCCUCCUGGCACUUUUUGGUAUCAGAUUGUGGCUGGGAUACAGGCAUUCUGGGUGUUGCAGUCUCCUAUUAGUCAGUAGAAACAAGACUUCGCUUUCUUGCAUAAGUGUGAAAUACUCCUUCCCCGGGGUAUCAUAGUUCUGAGAAGGAAAGCAUCGUAAAUGCCUUGUACAGAGCCAUUGUUUACUACUGGCCUGUGUUGAUGGAGCUGAAGAGCAUGUUUUGAAAUGCUCUGGAAACCGUCAAUGCUGACAGUCUUACAGCAUGGAAACAAAGACAUCCUAUUUUGCUUCAAAUUCUCAUUCAGAAGUACAGUAGCAGGGGGGAAGGGGACAGACAGCAAAUAGGAGUACCUUUGUUUUAACAGACAAAAGUAAUCUCCAGGCCUUAAGAACUCUUCAUGAUAUCAGUACAUUGCUUAUUGGUAACUUGUAAGUUCAUAUAUUGACGAAGGUAUAUAGAUUUUUCCCCACUUACAUACGUAAAUCCAACAUAAAGCGGACAUUCCUACAUUCCUUUCCUUUCAUUCAGAUGAUGUUUCUGAAUCUGGGCACUGAAGGGAUGGCAUACAAUAAUGUUAAUGUUUUCAGUAAUGUCUUCAACUAGGAGGCUUUCUGUUGAACUACUUAUACAGAAGUAAAAUAAAUAUUGUCUUUUUGUAUGUCA